CUGUCAAUCACGGGGCGCGGCCGCCAAUCAGGGCGCGGGCGGUGGGAGUUCGGCCGGUCCGGAUGGAGCGGGGCAGAAAAGCGCGUCCCGCCAGGGCCCGCAGCCCACCCGCGCUCCCGCCCCGGGGCCGCCAGCGGCGGCGAGCCAUGCCCCGCACCGUGCCCCGGGCCCGCACCCGCACCCGGUACCUGCCCCGCACCUCGCACCGCGUCCCGCCCCGCACCGGCCGCUCCCGCCGCCCCCCGGCCAUGCCCGCGUCCCACCGGCUCUGAGCGCGGCCGGGAUGGAGCGGGAGGGCGGCGGCCCCGGGCCCCCCGCGCCCCACGAGCCCAUCAGCUUCGGUAUCGACCAGAUUUUAGGCGGCCCCGAGCCCACGGGGCCGCACCGGGCGGCGGCAGAGCCCGACUACGGGCUCUACGGGAGCGGUUACGGUGCCGGCGCUCCGCUCGGCUCCUACAACCUCAACAUGAGCAUGAACGUGAGCGUGAACGUGACCCCCGCGCCCGCCGCGCCGCCCGCCGGAGUCAUCCGCGUCCCGGCGCACCGGCCCGCGCCCGCCGCGCCCGCCGCGCCCGCCGCGCCGCCACCGGGGCCCGCGCUGCCGGGGCUCACCUUCCCCUGGAUGGAGACCACCCGCCGUAUCGCCAAGGACCGGCUCUCCGCCGCGCUGUCACCCUUCGCGGUGACGCGGCGCAUCGGGCACCCGUACCAGAACCGGACGCCGCCCAAGCGCAAGAAGCCGCGGACGUCCUUCUCCCGGGUGCAGAUCUGUGAGCUGGAGAAGCGAUUCCACCGGCAGAAGUACCUGGCCUCGGCCGAGCGGGCCACCCUGGCCAAGGCACUCAAGAUGACGGACGCCCAGGUCAAGACCUGGUUCCAGAACCGCCGCACCAAGUGGAGGCGGCAGACGGCGGAGGAACGCGAGGCGGAGCGGCAGCAGGCCAACCGGCUGAUGCUGCACCUGCAGCAGGAGGCGUUCCAGAAGAGCCUGGCACAGCCGCUGCCGCAGGACCCCCUGUGCAUGCACAACUCCUCGCUCUACGCCCUCCAGAACCUCCAACCCUGGGCCGAGGACAACAAGGUGACAUCGGUCUCGGGGGUGGCCUCCGUGGUGUGACGGGGGCCACCCCUGGGUGCUGCUGAUGUGCCGGGAGGUGGCACUGGGAGCCCCGGUGGGAUUUGAGGCUGGAUGGUGGCAGGGAAGGGGCUGCAGCUUCCUGAGAGCCCCUCCCCACCAUGGAGAGCCCCCCAGGAGCAUCCAGGAGCGAAGCUGUGCCCUUGUGGUUGGACUCAGAGCUUCAGCAAAGCCCACCUGGAGCCCAGGGGUGGGCACCCAUGCCCUAUGGACCUCUGCAGCCCCCUGCCUAACCCCCAGAUGUCUGCAGCACCCUGCUCACACCCGUGGCACCCAAGGGACACCUGCAGCUCCCUGCCCGCACCCCUGGGAGCCCAAACGUGGCCCCCCACACCUGGCAGGGUUCUGCAGCUCCGUGGGUCACUCUGAGCUCCCUGUGAGCCCCACCCGGAGCAGGGCAGGGCGUGGAUCUCCCACUCCUGGUGCUGGAAGCCCCCCACCCUGCCAGCGGGGUCUCACCACUUGCCUUAUCCCGGGUGGAAUUUGCCACCUCCACCUUCCAUGACUUGGCCACCCCGACCCCACCCUGAGGUGGGACAAACUGAAGGUCUGAGCCCCCGGACCCGGUGUGGACGUGCACUUGCAGCCCCCCACCACGGGCUUGGGGUGCCCCCCAUGCCGACGGAUCGCACCCCCCCACAGAUUGAACCUUGCUGUGACCCACAGGACACUCGUGGGGUGCAGAGGGGCUGAACCCCCCUUUCUUCUGCCACAUCUCUGCACCCCUCCCCAGUGACCCCCUAAACGGGGCUUCCCCCUGCCAGGACCAUCCAGCCCGGCUCUAACCUCUGUUGGUGAUGAUGAUGAUGAUGAUGAUGAUGGAGGGAAUGAAGGGUGUGGGGAGAUAACAACGGUGACCUUGACCCACCCCACUGCUACCCGCGCUGCUGCAGCCCCUC